GAUUCAAAUAAAAAAGUUGUUUUAAAAUGUUUACAUAACUUACAAGGUUCUAUUGAAUUUUUAAUAAAUGAGGCUAAAAAAUAUUUGACGAAAAAUGAAGAAUUUCUUGUAUUAUAUGGAAUAUCUCAACAUCCAGACACAAAUGAUUACAUUUUAGUUAUUAACUGGACAAGCGGUAAUGAAAAACUUGAUAAUUUCAUUAAAAAAAGGAAAUUAUAUAAUGAUAUAUUAUUUGAAUGGAUACCAUACAGUCAAUUACAUGAAAUUAAAGAGAUGGGCAAAGAUGAUUCUAUAGCAAUAUACUCAGCAAUAUGGAGAGAUGGUCCAUUACACUACAAGAAUAGUAUGAAGGAAAAUUAUACAAGAGAUUCAAAUAAAAAAGUUGCUUUAAAAUGUUUACACAACCUGCAAGAUCCUAUUGAAUUUUUAAUGAAUGAGGUCAAAAUAUAUUCAAGCACAAUAUUUGGAGAAAGGGGUCUUAUGAUUUAUGGGAUAUCUCUAAAUCUAGAUACAAAUGAUUACAUUUUGGUUCAAAAUUAUUUUACAUGGGCAAGUGGAAAUGAAAAAAUUGAUGACUUCAUUCGAAGUAUGCAAUUAAAAACUAAAUAUAAUGAUAGUAUACUAUUUGAAUGGAUACCAUACAGUCAGUUUAGCGAAAUUAAAGAAAUGAGUAGAGGUGAUUCUACAACAGCAUAUUCAGCGAUAUGGAGGGAUGGUCCGUUAUACAUAGAGGAUAAACAGAGUAAAAAUUGUACAAGAAUUUCAAAUAAAGUAGUUGUUUUAGAAUGUUUACAUAAUUCACAGAAUCCCAUUGAAUUCCUCGUAAAUAAGGCUGAAAAAUAUCUAGAUAAUAACAACGAAGUUCUUGUUUUGUAUGGAAUAUCCCAACAUCCAAAUACAAAUGAUUAUAUUUUGGUUCAAAAUAAUUUUUUAAGUCUCACAAAUCAAAUAAGUGGAAAUAAAAAAAUUGAUGAUUUUAUUGAGAAAAGGCAAUUAAAAGUUGAAACCAAUAAUGAUGUAGUAUUUGAAUGGAUACCAUACAUUCAGUUUAAUGAACUUAAAGAAAUGGGCAAAAGUGGAUCUAUAACAAUAUAUUCAGCAAUAUGGAGAGAUG